ACAACCAAAUAAGCCGCAGGAAAUUCACUCCAGUUAUGUUGACGAGAGACCCAUUUCUCUUGAUCCCGAAUCAAUCGGAAUCCGCAGAAUGGAACACAGGGAGACUUCAGACCUCAUUGAUCUGUCUAGCGCAUCCCCAGCCAACCUGCUGUCGCAAUUUGAUCCGUUCGAACAAAUUGUCAGAGAAGGAGACUCAGGAAGGACAGCUAGCGUUCUGGGCACCCUUGAUUCGGCGGACCUGAAAGGUGAGCAAGCUUCCAAGCUUUCAAUCCCCAAACUAAGAAGCCCUGAUAAUGGUAGCCCUGGUGACCGGCGAAGUGAGUGGUCUGAAGGGGAAAAUCUGAUUCAAACGUUUGGUUAUAUAUCGCCAAACGAGAAAGAGGCAUCGAUCAAGAGCCAAAAUGAAAAAGAAUCUAUGACCGAUGUUGAUACUGAAACAUUACGCUCCUACGAUAGAUACAGAACAAUCAAAGAACAUGGACAUUUGGUCGGCAACGAUGGCGAGAAUGCCAUGAACUCUGCUGCCUCCAUGACCGGAAUGUCUAGUAAAAAGGGAUCUAUGUCUCGACCAUGGGCUUUCGGAGACGUCGAUGCCCUUGAAAGGACCAGUGUCAAAAGCUCAAAAUCUGAAUUCUCCUUUAGU